AUGAGUGCUCGCAACGCUCGCGCCUGGCUGGCCCUGGCCCGAGCAACUCGCAACUCCUCCGUUCCAUUCCUCUAUCAGACUCGCACGCUCGCCGCGUCAAUGUUAAUGUCAACCGAGGCGCAACAACAACAGCAGUCACAGGAACAAUCACAGGAACAAAAUGACAACACAGAAUACUCCAAACCUGACCCUUCAGCACAAGAAAGCACACCACCAGCACCCCGGCCCGGACGCCGCAGCUUCCUCAAGCGCAAGGCCGCCUCUGUAUCCUCCAUCGCUGCCCCAGCGCAAUCAUCCUUAAAUCGACCCAAACCCCCUCCCCGCGCCUUGACGAUGAUGACAAACAGCGAGAAACAAGCCUUUGGCGAGAUGCUCGAGGCCCUUGGCGCCGGAGCCAAUCUCAAGCCCAAUAGCGCGUUACCCACAUUGUCCGCAUGGCCACCGCCGCCGCCCCAACCCUCAGCGCCUGGCGUUGCUUUCCCGGAUUCAUCCUCUCCCUCCGAAACCGAACAACAAUACGAAACUAAAUUUCAACCUCCCGCCGCCAACGAACCCACCGAAGACGAACUCCACGAAAUGUCACAGAUCUCCGCCAUCUUCGAGUCCGUCCUCCAGGAUCUGAAGGAGCGCAAGGCUCGGCAGCAGCGGCAAGAACAGCAAAAGUUGGAGAAGCGGGGCCAAUCUUCCCUGUUCAUCGAGUUGCGGCUGAAGAGAGGGGAUUUCAUCAACGCGCAGCUGACGGACUGGCUCACGCGGAACCUUGUCUCGACGGAGCGGGCGGUGGAGGCGGUGGUGCUGCGCGAGAGCCAUGUGAUCGAGACGGCGCUGCUGAGGGCGGUCAAGGAGGAGCAUGGGGACAGGAGGCUCUGGGAUGCUUGUCGCGAGAUGGUCUUUCCGCUCGUUCGUGUUUUGGAGACGGAUGAGGGAGAGGCAGCGACAAUCAAUGAGGAGGACAUCGAGCUUCAAGGGGAGAGUGCGUACAAAUUGAUUCUCCCCGAGGGCGUGCCCGUCUCCUCGGUCGUCGCCGAACUAUACCCCAAGAUGCUCCUGGCCGCCUUCCGCCUGCUGAACCUGUACUGCCCGGCGUCGCCGCUGAUCGGCCAGUUCCGGUCCACCAUCCGCCUGAUGGGCCCCACGUCCGCCGUGCUGGGCGGCUCGACCGGGCUCUACAACGAGCUGAUCUACUUCUACUGGCGCGGGUGCCAGGACCUGCCGGCCGUGGUCGCCCUCAUGCAGGAGAUGGACGUCACCGGCGUGGAGCCGGACGCCCGCACGGUGCGAAUCCUGGGCUCGAUCGCCACCCAGCGCACGCGCGAUCUCAAGGCGCACUGGAAGCGGAAUAUCGGAUCGCUCCCUCGGCCGCGGAACCCGGGAGAGAAAGUGCGCGUCGGCCGCGAGACGUGGUGGGAUCUGGCGCCGAACCGCAAGGCCAUCCGGGCCCUGUACGACGACGACGGGUGGGUCGCCAAGGUGAAAGCGCGGGUCGAAGAGCUGAGGCGCCGAGAGCAGAUGAACAAGACCCAACGACGAACCUAG